AUCCCUGAAUCUGACGUAGAUACUACCGUUAAUUUAAUCCACUUAUUACGAGCUUUGAAGAAUGAAUUACCUAUUCAAAUUGUCUCCUAUGAUGACUUAUCAACUGGAGCCAAAGAAAAGUUAGUCAAUGCAGCCAGGGACGAUUUUAUUGUUUUCCCCCAAUCAUUUGACAAAGUAUCGUAUAUGUUCGCACCCCAAUAUAAAUCAGGCGGGUUACCUAAACAAGAUAUCUGGUUCGUUAACGUUUAUCAGACCAUCCAUCCUGAUUUCAGAACCAAUUUCAGACGUUGGUAUAAUAAAUUCUUAGCCAUGAUGUUUAAUUCAUUCGAAGAAUUUAUUUUGCUCGAUAAUGAUGCUGUCCUUUUACAAAAUCCAGAAUAUUUCUUCAAUUUACCAGGGUAUAAAUCCACCGGAGCAUAUUUUUAUCGUGAUCGUCCAUUAAGACGAUAUCAUUCUGACGAAACUGUUAACUUUUUCAAAUCGUUAACUCCUAAUGUCAUAGAUUCGAUGAUGUUUGAUAUACCCAUGGUUACAAACUAUACUCUUCAAUUAGAAUCAUUCAAAAAAUUAUAUCACAUGCAAGAAGCCGGUUUACUCGUAUUGAACCGAGAUAUCCACUAUUCAUCGUUUCUUAUGAUUCUUCAAGUAAACUUCUUCGAGCCAUUGAAGGGACAAUUCUGGGGAGAUAAAGAAUUGUUCUGGUUAGGAUUUGUCAUGAAUGGAGAUGAAUCAUUUAAAUUCAAUAGUAAUUUCGCUGGGGUGGUUGGAGAAGUUACACCAGAACCGGAAAUAAGACACCGUCCAGAUGGGACUGCACAUCAUUCGAAAGAAAUAUGCGGCCUGCAUCCGGCACAUAUUGACGGAGAUGAUAAUCAUACAUUAGCCUGGAUAAACUCCGGGUUUAACUAUUGUCAAAAAGAUGUGAAUUAUGAGAAAGAAUUCGAGGCACAAGGGCCAAUAUUGAGGAUUGAUAACGUGGAUGCUUUCACAACAUUCUACAAAGCUCCAUUAAAGAUCAAGCAAGCGAUUGUACCUCCACUAGAUCCCGAGUUUAAGCAAAGGACUAAUAGGAAUGAUGAACCUUCUGCUCCUUGGAUUAAUAGAGCAUUUUGUAAGAAUUAUAUGUACUGUGCAUAUUCUAGUAUUGGCGGUGUGCAGAAAGAUGGUGGAGAAAACUAUUUGGAGGGGAAAUUUAUAGAAUAUGCUGAAUGGGAACAAGAUUUAUUUCAAUAUUAUGGGGAUAUUUGGGUAGGAGUUGAGUAG